AAAACUACGUCACUUCUCUGAGAAAACCAGGUGAGGAUGACGGGAGGGACACGAGUGCUGCUUGUAGCAGCAGCCACUACACUAGCACUACGACUGCCUGGUAUCCAGGCCUUCAGCCCCCUCCAGGAACCUUCCAGCCGCUCUCUGCAUGUUACCAGCUCCUUCCAGCAAGCAAACCCAUCCUUCGACAACCCUGACACGUACCUCAGUCUCUCGGGAAUGUUCACCCAUGACCGUGAAGGUGAAAGGAAUCAGCCGAGACAGUCACAGGCGCUGUUCUCCCGUGUCAACACGAACGAUGAUGAUGACCGCUCUGAGAACUCACGUUCGGCUUCAAACAGAAGAGCUUCCCCUAAGCUUCAGAAACCAUCUCAGCCGUUCAGCAUUGACACGUUCACCUUCAACGAAGCGAAUGUCCGAAGAACAGAUGAUAUUUUCAGCCUUUUGGCCGAUGUAGAUGGUCCAGAAGCUGGAAUAAAGGAAGAGGGACAGAAAACUGAUUCGACGAGAGGUGAAGAGUCCGGACCUACGAGCUCAGGGAUCCCUGGAAUCAAAGCUGCCAAUGUUCUGGGGAAGAACAUCCUUUUGGCGACCAAAGACCUGGAGGGACUCCUCUCUGUCGUGCAGAAGAUGAAGAGGAAACUUGAAGAAAGAGUAGAAACAAAAAAGAAAGCCUCUUCCUCCAGCGUGAAGUCUGCCUCAGAGUCUCCCUCUUCUGAAAAUUCCUUUUCAUCCUCUUCAAGCACCUCCCCUUCUGUCCACCGCUUUUCUUUUCCUUCAAAAUUCGAAUCUCCAUCAAUAAAUGAUUUGUCCAGUGACAACGAUCCCAACAACUUGCUUGAAUCAUCCUCUUCCUCUGUUUCCUCUUUUAGUGAUUCCUCUUCUAAUGACUCCUCCUCCUCCUCCCUCAAGUCCCCCUCAGCUCUCAUGAGCCUCUUGCUCGACACGUCGACCUUAGAGAAGAUCAGAACAGCUGGUCUGACCUCAGAGACGGAGGAGGAGUUCCUGGAUCACAUGCUGGAGGUGCUGACAGGAGAGGAGACCAGACAGGGCACAGCACUCACUCUCGACCCUGUCACCAUCAUUGCUCUUCUCACACUAGCUGCGUACCUCAUCAGAGCUGUGUAUCAAAUAUUGACGGUGACGGGGCGUUCCUUGGAGGCCAACGAUAUGCUGGUGCCCCUGCAGAUGUCUGACCUGCCUGAUGCGAUGGUACAAAUACACAACUGGAUAUCUGCUUCCAAUGUCGCCCACGUGAGGCAGGAGCGAUCGUUUCAUCCCUUGAGCUCUAUCCUGACUAUCCCUGGCAACCUGGCAGCCGUCAUCAAACUGCACCGGGAGGGUCACAGGGCCUGUGUGAGGCAGUUCCUCUGUGAGCAGAUACAAGAAAGACCUUACCGAGAAAUAACCUUCACUGACAUUAUCAUAGUGGGACUGGGUUACUACUUCGGAGACACUGACUUAGGGACCUACAUUGACCGGACACUGUCCUACCACUCCACUUGUGACGUAGUUCCUUACGGCUGCUCCCCACGCACACUCAGGGACGCCCACUACCUCGAGGACCUCUACUCCCGCGCCUCCUUCAAGUUCUUCGACCUUCUGGCCGUCUACAACAAUUAUUUGUAGUCUUUAAUUUUCCCCCGUGAAUCUUGAGUGACGCCCACUAUAAAAGGCAUCUCCUGUGUCUUCAAGUUCGUCCACCUUAGACCUUGUACAGUAUUUAUGGCAGACUAAAAUUUUAUGUCCCCCUCAAACGAUAGUUGAAUAUAGUUAUGCAAAUUCUUAGAGAAUUUAACUUAAGCGACAUUACUGUACGUAAAUUUUUAAAAAGUUGGGUUAAUAGCUUAGUAUUCAUGCGGAAAAAGCAAAAUCAUCAUACCAAAAAAAAAAAAAAUUCAUAACUACUUUUAACGGGUUUACAAAGGUCGUGCAGAAUCUGAGUAAAUAACUAGAUUGUACUCAUUAAAGUAGAAGAAAUUUUCUCAGUGUUGUGAGUGUAUAAGUGACUGAAUGAGAAUUAUGGAUAGAUGAAUGGCUGGCUGGCGGGCUGGCUGGCUGGCUGGCUGGCUGGCUGGCUGGCCGGCUGGCUGGCUGGU